AUGGCCACAUCACCAAUUCAAGCUCGUGUACCAAUUGCUGAAGAAGCCUACAUUCCACCGGUCUAUUAUAAUAAUAUCAUUAUAAUCGCUAUAAUAACUGAUAUCCACGCCAAGGACAAGAAAGGAAGAUCCGCGGUUUAUUACGCGGCGCAUAGUGGAAAGAACAAGAUGGCGAAAUGGUUAUUGGAGAAGAAUGUUUCUAUAGAGGAUAGAAUCGAAAGUUUCACACCUUCGAGACGGCAGAACGUCAGUUUGCCUGCGCCUGAUUGUUGGAAAAGGACACCGUUGCACGAAGCAGUGAAAAACAAUCACGCUGAAGUAGUCAAGCUUCUGAUUGCACGUAGCAGCCACUCGGAAUGUCUGCAAAUAUUAAUCGACAACGGUGGCAAUUUACUCGCAAAAACCGAUAAACGGCACACAGCGAUCGAUUUUAUACUCGAAAUGCCGAAGCCAGUCUCGUUUCUGAAUAAUAUCCGGUCUUCGCGCGCGUAUUAUACCCAGAGACUAUAUUUCGGUGUAUACUUAAAACCAGAGACCGAAAACCGAAUUCUCGACGUGCGUGACGCGACAUUCCAGCGCAAGAGGUUAAAAUCUUCUUCUCAAAAAAAUGUCUUCUCUUCUUUACACGCUUGUCUUCUGUUGAAGAUCCUCGUUAACACCGCCGUGUUAGCGCCGGAAAAGGAGCUGCAAAUGGAAGUAGUUGUGUCUCUUAUUAGAGCAACUACGAACAUGAAAGAAACGAUACUGCAACAUCCGUUGGUGGAGGUGUACCUCUGGGGAAAGUGGUCCAAGCUGAAAAUAUACUUCUAUAUUUUCCACGUCUUGCUGGUCUUAUCCCUGUCUGUCUUGAGCAGAAAUCAGGUGGCAUUUGAUUCCACUGUUCUACGAGCAUGUAGUUCCAGUACUGACCUAGGAGGAGAUUUAUAUUAUUUGAAGCUCGAGACGUGGCUAUCGAUCUCCAUUGUGGGAAUAUCAUUGGCAGUUUCAAUUGGUACUUACUGCCAUCUAAGUGCUAGCUCACUUACGAGCAUAUUUGAAGGAAAUGAAUUACACGACAAUUAUCGACAGUAUCCGCCUCAGUGGAUCUUUCAUUCCGUCAGUGUGGCAAUCCUGCUCGCCAGCGUGCAAACGAUGGUGUUGAUCGGCCGCCUUCCACAGUGGGGAUAUUACACGCUCGUGUCCUUCACUGAAGGAACAUUUUUGUGGUCAGUACUAAACGUAAUCAAUCGACAACGUGGUCGUUUGAUUUUCCGUAAUCAAUCGGUGUUGUUUUCGCUCGUCAGAAUCGGAGCACCGGGAACAACCACCCAAAUAUCACCAAUAGAAAACCAAAUUAGGCUGAAAACGGCAAACACUGACCCAACUCUUCAAGUCCCACCCGACAACACACACUGCACGCUGACUUCAUUACAGAAGAUAAUCAAAAACCUUCCAAACAACAAAGCACCAGGACCGGAUGGUAUCACUGCCGAAAAAAUCAAAAACCUCCCAAAGAAACCACUAAUUCAGCUUUACUAUAUAUACAAAGCCUGUCUUCGUACAGCCUAUUUUCCCACCUCAUGGAAAAUCGCAAAAAUCAUUCCGGUCCCAAAACCUGGUAAACAAAGAGACGACAUAACAAGCUACAGACCCAUCAGUCUCUUCGACCUUUUUGGAAAGAUCUUAGAAAAAAUAAUCCAACAGCAAAUACAAAGACACGGCCAAGCAUUCCGCCAUACACCAACUACAACGAGUCACCGAACACAUCAUAAUGGAAAAAAACAAAAAACGUACGACCCAACUAGUUCUACUGGACCUCAACAAAGCAUUCGACUCAGUCUGACCACUCAUUACAACAACGUGCAUCUGAGGUUUUUUACUUCCUUUCAGCUUUUCCCGGUGUUCCUCUGUCUGAUCGUCGGAUUCGCGCUCAGUUUCGCCGUUUUAUUCCACGGGAACGACCAAUUUAGCAAUUUUUGGAACUCCGUCGUGAAGACCGUGGUAAUGAUGAUGGGUGAGUAUGAUUACGGCGAUCUGUUCUCGGAGAACAAUGGGAGUUCCUUCCUGCCAGUUACGAGCAGGAUCGUGUUCCUUAUUUUCGUGCUCGCUAGCAUGGUCCUGGUAAACUUGAUGAUCGGCAUCGCGGUCAACGACAUUCAGAGCCUUAAGAAAAAGGGACACAUCCUCCAAUUGGAAAAGCAGGCAGAGUUCGUGAAUCAUUUAGAAAGGCUGGCAUCAUACCGAAUCUUUGAUUUGGCUUGUUGGCAAUGGUUUCUCGCCAAGCUGCGAAAAUCAAGGCAAUGCUUUCCAACAAAAAUUGACUCUCGUAGGUUUGGGUUCCUCUGAGGGUGCCACAAAAACUGCAAAAGGCGUUGCUUCAGCUCGUUUUAGAAAACUUAAACAA